AUGGCGGCGUCAACUAACACUAAAUCCCCCACUAUUCGACGCAUACUCCGCGAGGCUGCAGAGCUCUCAAAUGCGCCGUCUCCCGAUUACACCGCGGAGCCAUUAGAGUCGGAUCUCUUUGAAUGGCACUUCACCCUCCGAGGCCCUCCAAAUUCCCCAUACAGCCAGGGUGUUUACCAUGGCCGUAUUAUCUUGCCUCCAGCGUAUCCUCUCCGGCCUCCAAGCUUUCGCUUCUCCACUCCAAACGGCCGCUUCGAGGCCAACCGGGAGAUUUGCCUUAGCAUAAGUGGUCACCAUGAAGAGACAUGGCAGCCAGCCUGGGGUAUCCGAACUGCCCUUGUCGCGCUCCGCAGCUUCAUGGAAACGGAUGUUCUAGGUCAACUAGGUGGUCUGGAGACCACUGAAGCGGUCCGCCGCCGCCUUGCUCAAGAAUCAGCGUCCUUCAAAUGCGCAGUCUGUGCCAGAACAAACGCCGACAUCAUCGCUGAAUGCGAAGACCGCUGUAAACAAACCGCUUCUCCAUGCCAGGAUAUAUCAAUUCCCGCCGAGCUAAACAUGGGCUGGAGAGAUGAGCUGGAGGCUGCUGGGAAGGGCCAAUCACCCUCAGCUCAUCCGUCAAAGGGCUCACGUGUACCUGAUCGAAAUGAUGAGAUCUCUGACGAAGCUGAGCUGGCAGAGGGAUUUGUCCAGACCGCACCCAGUAUCCCAAACAACGUAGUCGCACCAUCACUCCCGAUGCCCUCCCCCGAAACUCGGCGAAACUCUUCAACUGCUAAUCAGACAAGAGCCGGAAGCGAUGGAGUCCCACCGUGGAUAGACAGAGUGAUUAUAGCUUUGGUCAUUUUGUUGUUUGCACUUGUUCUCAAAGUUUUGUUUAGUACAUAA